CCCGCGCAGUUCCGCCGGCAGCACACGGCCCUGCACAAGCUCAACGGGGUGGCCCUGCUGGUGACCUUCCUGCUGUGCCGCGUGCUGCUCUUCCCGUACCUCUACUGGGCCUACGGGCGGCACCGGGGGCUGCCGCUGCUGCGCGUGCCGGCCGCGCUGCCCCCGGCCUACAACGCCGCCGCCGCCGCCAUGGCCGCGCCCCAGCUCUACUGGUUCGGCCUCAUCUGCCGCGGCGCCUGGCGCCUCUUCCGGCCCGCCGGGA